CUUUUCAGUUGAGUUUGGAACGCGUAACCGUUAAAACGUACAAUCUUGGAGCGGAAGUUUCAAGUUUCUCCAUUCCACUUUUUGCGCGCAUUUGAAUAUAUAUAUAUUUUUUUUACGGCACCAAACAUGCAGCGAUUCCAAGUGUGCAGCGUCCUGAUCCUGGCCUGGAUUGCCUGUGGACAUGCCCUGGCCGUGGGAUCCCCGGAGUGCCCCGAGAAGUACGGCGUGCAGGCGUACGCCCACACGGAGAACUGCGACCAGUUCUUCCUCUGCACCAACGGCACCCUGACCCUGGAGACCUGCGAGAACGGACUGCUCUUCGAUGGCAAGGGCGCGGUGCACAACCACUGCAACUACAACUGGGCGGUGGACUGCAAGGGCCGCCAGUGGGAUCCCACUCCCAUUUCCACGCCGGCCUGCGAGUACCAGUUCGGUCUGUACGCUGUCUCCAAGGACUGCUCCACCACCUACAUCAAGUGCGCCCACGGUGAGCCGCACGAGCAGGACUGCGACGCCGGGUUGGCCUACGACGAAAGGAUCCAUGGCUGCAACUGGCCGGAUCAGCUGCUGGAGCACUGCAAUCCCGAGGGUGAGAUCUAAAGCAAAAGCUGACUACUGGACACUUAUGGACACAUCAAGUUAGACUUGCAAGCGAUUUCCAUUCGGUGCUCCAUUCCAUUCCCCUUUUCGUUCCUAACAGUUGCACAGUGUGUAUUCACGUACAAAUUUGUAAUAACUCGAACUAUUCCAGCGGUCGUUGGCUUCAAGUGCCCCACCAAGGUGGACCCCAACUCGGUGGCCGCUCGCUUCUGGCCCUUCCCCCGGUUCCCCGUCGCCGGCGACUGCCACCGCCUGAUCACUUGCGUGGAGGGCCAUCCGCGCCUGAUCAGCUGCGGCGAGGACAAGGUCUUCGACGAGCACACGCUGACCUGCGAGGACCCGGAGUACGCCAGCGGCAGCUGUGCCAACUACGGCAAGUAGGGAUCGCCGAGCGAUCUGUACAUGCACACGAACAAACAAACUGCAACAGUGCAAUCUCGAUAAUGUGAACGUUCAAAUUAAAGGAGAUACAUAUGUACAUAUGUAUGUACUUGCUGGCUGCAAAUUUGGAGUUAUGUUGUUUUGCAGACAACCCCCCCCUCCUAGGUUUACACUGGUUCGCUGCUUCGAGUGCGCACUGUAGGCUCCGACUAACCAACUACUUUCGUCCCUUCAUCUCCGCACCUUCGCUGCACUGUAAAAAAUGUCCUAGCCCAGUUAGCUUGUUAACCUUUUUGCUUUCUAACCAACCAACCGUCUGUAUCUUGCUCUUCUUUCUGUAUUAUUAACUUGUUUUGUUGUUUGGUCUCUUUUGUAUAUGAAUCGCAAUAAAGUUAAUUUUAUUUAUUGUACAUUACAUCAAGGCG